AUGUCCACCCUCAAAGAAACCCUGGUCAACGAAAUCGCGCACCUCCGCGCCAUCGCCAAAGACCUCCUCUUCUCCGGCACAUACAUCUACCCCAUAAAAGGAAUAAUCUACACCCUCCACCACCGCCCCCUGUGGACGCCGCUCCUCUCGCGGUCCAUCAAAACCCUCACCCUGGGCCUGGGCAUCACCACGACCAUGUUCUUCUUCACCUACCUCCCGCAAGUGGCGCUGCUCACCUUCACCGCGGGGCCUCUUCUCGCGCCCUUCUCCGCCGCCCUCCUCGUGCUCUCCGAAUCCUCCACGAUCACCACCUACCUGGCGCGGUCGUUCCUCCUCGCCGACGCGCUGACCGACACCUUCGACGCGACGCUGCUCGAGCGCGGCGAGGACGCUCUCGUCGCGCGGGAGCGCGCCGUCGCCGUCCCGCCGUCCUCGUCCACGAGCGGGGCCCAGCACCGCCUUGGCACCCGCCUCAAGCACCCGAUCGAGAGACUCUCGCCGCAGAUGCUGCUGCGCUCGCUGCUGUACCUGCCCCUCAACUUCGUGCCGGUCGUCGGCACGAUCGCGUAUAUCUAUGUGCAAGGGAAGCGCGUGGGGCCGGUGGCGCACGCCCGGUACUUUCAGUUGAAGGGGUGGGGCAGGAAGGAGCGCGAGGGGUGGGUGGGUGGGGAUGGGAGGAGGGGGGCGUAUACUGCGUUCGGCAUGGCGGCUUUCGCGUUGGAGAUGAUUCCGUUUGCGUCGAUUGUGAUGGCUUUUACAAAUACCGUUGGGGCGGCGCUGUGGGCGGCGGACUUGGAGAAGGCUACGAGGUGA